AUGAGGUCUAAAACCCAGUUCACAUGCAGCCUCAAGGUAGCCAUUCUCUGCAUUGCCUUUGUCUGCCUCUUCAUCUUGCUAUUCCGGUCAUCCAUAUUCUCUCUUUCUCCCCAACUCACCCCACAAAGCAACUGGCCAAACCCGAACGAAAAAGCAGUAGAAGAACCUCACCCCACAACAGAAACAGCAGAAACUGCAGCCACACCAUCAUCAUGCCCUCCAAUCCCUUUGAACCCCACAUGCAACAAGGCCCCUCCAUCUUUAUCCAAUGCUCUCAUCCACUAUGCCACCACCAACAUCACCCCUCAGCAGACUCUCCGUGAGAUCUCCGUCUCAGCAAGGGUCCUUCAGAAGAAGUCACCCUGCAACUUCCUUGUGUUUGGCCUAGGCCAUGACAGCCUCAUGUGGACAUCACUCAACUACGGUGGCCGCACGGUCUUCCUUGAGGAGGACAAGUCUUGGAUCCACCAAAUCCAACAGAAGAUACCCUCUUUGGAGGCCUAUCAUGUGAUGUAUGACACACAGGUUAACCAGGCUGAUGAGCUCUUGAAGGUUGGAAUGGAAGCAGAUUGCAAAAAAGUGAGUGACCCAAGAUUUUCUCAGUGCCAACUAGCACACAAGGGGUUCCCAAGUGAGGUUUAUGACAUAGAUUGGGAUGUGAUCAUGGUGGAUGCCCCCACAGGUUACUUUGAAGGGGCACCAGGGAGGAUGAGUGCAAUCUACACUUCAGGGUUGAUUGCUAGGAACAAAGGGCACGGUGAAACUGAUGUAUUUGUGCAUGAUGUGGAUAGGGAGGUGGAGGACAAGUUCUCAAAGGCUUUUCUCUGUGAAGGGUAUCUGAAGGAACAAGAAGGGAGGAUCAGACACUUCAACAUUCCAAGCCACCGGUCUCGUUUGUGGAGGCCAUUUUGCCCUCAGUAG